UAACCGGAAGUCGGACAGUGUUCGUAGCGUGGCGGGAAUUUCAUUUUGGGUGUGUACAGAGCGCAUGUCCCACAGGAGCUACACACGCACGCGCUCAGCAUGGCUGCGGAUACAGUUGAGUACACCAUAGGAGGAGUGAAGAUAAACUUCCCCUGCAAAGCCUAUCCCUCUCAGCUUGCCAUGAUGAACUCUAUUGUCCGUGGCCUGAAUCGUGGGCAGCACUGCUUACUGGAAAGCCCUACUGGCAGUGGGAAGAGCCUCGCGCUGCUCUGCUCAGCCUUGGCAUGGCAGCAGGCACAGUAUGCUAAACCUGGCCAAGAGGGAGGAAGCCCUUCAUGUGACGUAAAAAAGCCAUGCGUUACUACCCCAUGUCAGUGUGUGUGCCACAGCAGAGCUCGUUGCUCAUCCACUUCCUUCAGCACCACAGCGUCCAAACCAGAUGUUAUUGACCUGACUGGAGAACCUUCAAGAGGAGAGGAAAAUCAAGCCAAGAGAUCCACUCUGUCAUCCAAGCUUUCUGAGAAAUUUCAGGCUUCCCUCAUUAAACCGGGAGAACCGAGUGACGAAGACUUUAAGCCUGAUAAGAAGCGCAUUCGGGCAGCUGCUGCUGAUCAGAAGCAGAGCACGAAGCGAAGAUGUUUUGAACGAGGGGUGGUGUUCGAUGAUGAUGAUGUUGAGGAAGUGGAAAGGGCUGAUCGUGGGUCUCAGAACUGGACUGUUGAGUUGAGCAGUCAAGCCAAAGCUGAAGGCAGCCUGCCACCUGCUGAAUGCUGUUCUCCUGUACCCUGUUCCCUGUGUGCUUGUGCAAGCCUAGCAGAAAAGCAGAAGGCAAAUGAAAAAGUCAAGGAGAAAGACAAGGAGGGCAAUGGGAAGAAAGCUGUCCCCAAAAUUUUCUUUGGCACGCGCACACACAAACAGAUCACCCAGAUUGCACGAGAGCUGAGGCGGACACUGUACUCUUCUGUGCCCAUGACCAUCCUAUCCAGCCGAGAACAUACGUGUGUCCACCCUGAAGUGGCACCCCACGCCAGCCGCAAUGAACGCUGCAAGGAGCUGCACGAGGCCAAGAAUGGGCAGAUAUGCCGUUUCUACCACAAUGUGCACAAGAUGCGAGAGCAGAGAACUUUACAGUGGGUGCAUGGGCUGCACCAGGCCUGGGACAUAGAAGAGUUGGUCAGUCUGGGCAGUAAGCUACGAUCCUGUGCCUACUAUGCAGCCCGGGAGCUCAUGCAGGAGGCUUGGAUUGUUUUUUGCCCAUACAACUACUUGCUGGACCCCCUUAUCCGGGAGAGUAUGGACAUCAAUCUAAAGGGGCAGAUUGUGGUGCUGGAUGAGGCUCAUAACAUUGAGGAUUGUGCCCGUGAGUCUGCCAGCUUCACCCUAAACCAGGCUCAGCUGCGGGAGGCCCGUGAGGAUCUUGAGGCCAUGGUGACAUAUAACAUCCGCCGGAAUCACCAUGAACCUCUUCUAGCUUUUUGCUGCAGCCUGCUGAACUGGAUAAAUGAAAGCUCCAGUACUUUGGAAGAGAGGGAUUAUGAGACUGCCUGUAAGGUGUGGACUGGGAAGGAAGUUUUGGACAUCUUCCAUGGUCUUGGCAUAACCGCCGACACGUUUGCCGUGUUUCAGAAGCACUUUGAGGCAGUGCUGGAGAAGGAAGAGCGGAUUGGGCUGGUGAAUGGGAGAGAGGAGACGAUACAGGUUUCCACCAUCAGCUCCAACACUCAGACUGUGCUCAAGAGCCUUUUUAUGGUGCUGGGAUUCCUGUUUCAACAAAACUGCAGAUUUGCUGAUGACUACCGUGUGGCUCUGCAGCAGAGUUAUGCUUGGACUACCCAGGAGGAUGUGCCUGAUGCCCAGGGCUUUUUUGCCCGGCCGCGCCGCCGUCGCCAGAAUACCCGUACUAAAACCCUUGUGCACACACUCAGCUUUUGGUGCCUUAACCCUGCCGUGGCGUUCUCUGAUCUGAGCACAGCAGUACACAGUAUAGUGCUCACUUCUGGUACCCUCUCACCCAUGGGGUCCUUCACUUCUGAGCUGGGCCUCAAAUUCUCCAUCCAGCUAGAGGCCAACCAUGUUAUCAACAAGUCUCAGGUAUGGGUUGGCACCAUUGGCGCAGGUCCUCAAGGCCGUAGGCUGUGCGCAACAUUCCAGCAUACUGAAACCUUCACCUUCCAGGAUGAGGUGGGAGCGCUGCUGCUGAAAGUGUGCCAGACAGUGAGCCGAGGAGUUCUCUGCUUCCUGCCGUCAUACAAGAUGCUGGAUAAGCUGAGAGAUCGCUGGAUGAACACAGGCUUGUGGGAGAAGAUGGAAGAGCGGAAAGCAGUGAUUGCAGAGCCGCGUGGAGGAGCCAAGAGUGACUUUGAUGAGCUGUUACAAACAUACUACAAUGCCAUCAGACAAAGUGGAGCCCGAGACGGGGCGCUUCUGAUUGCAGUUUGCAGAGGGAAAGUGAGCGAGGGACUGGAUUUUUCUGAUGACAAUGCAAGAGCAGUGGUCACUAUUGGCAUUCCCUUCCCCAAUAUUAAAGACCUACAGGUUGAAUUGAAAAUGAAAUACAAUGACCAGCACUGUAAAUCCAGAGGUCUUCUCCCAGGAAGCCGAUGGUAUGAGAUCCAGGCGUACCGGGCCCUAAAUCAGGCUUUGGGAAGGUGUAUUCGGCAUAGAAAUGACUGGGGUGCGCUUAUUUUAGUGGACGACCGUUUUAGAGCCAACCCCAACAAGUAUAUCACAGGCCUGUCCAAGUGGGUGCGUCAGCUGGUGAAGCAUCAUGACAGCUUUACUAGUGCCAUUCAGUCUUUGGUGUCCUUCUCCCAGAGCCAGCAGGGAGAAGUAGAGAGCCACACUGAGGAGCUUGCUCAGACUAACCCUGAGUCCCCCAGAGCUCAGUCAUCUGCUCUACAGUCCCUUCCUGAGCUUCCGAAACUGCACCAGUGCCUGAACUCUGAGGGUCAGAUUACUGUUCCCUCUGUCAGCCACCCUUCAGAAGCAGAUGAUCAGACGCCUUCACAGCAUCAGUUGGAAUCACGAAUUCCUCAGUGUAAUGGGCCUAAAAUCCUGCCAAAACAACAAACAAUCCCAAGCCUGUUCACCUCCACUCCAGUCAGUUCUCGAUUCAGGAGCCCUAUCUUCCAAUCUAAAGACUCCAGGAAGGACCUGGACCAGUAUGUAAAUUCAGCAGUCGUUAAUAAGGACACCGUUUCUACAUCUGAUCAGGCAGUGAAAGAUCAGACUGAAGUUGUUCCACUGAAUGAGAUUCCACCCGACCCUCCUCUUCAGUCACUAUCCCUGUCUCCUGAUAAGACACCUCCGUACUGUGCUUCCAAUCAGGAAACGAGUGAAGCAGGACCUGUAGAUAAUGGUGAUGAUAAUGAUGAGGAGGAGCAGGAAGACCAGAGCAUCUUCUACACCCCAGAGCUGUUUGAAGGAGAAGAUGAAGAGUCAGCUGCAGCAGCUGUAGAGGAAAAUGAAUCAGCUACAGCAGCUACAGAGGAAAGUCCUUCUCUUCAAAUGGACCAGCUUCUUUGCCCUAUAGAAAAGAUGGCUGAUGGACAGCCUGAGGAGGUUUUCAGGUCCACGAAGGGACAAACGAGGACCUGUGCUGGCUCUAGUGAUGUUAAAGGAGCUGUUGCGUUUCCUGAAAGAGACUGUGUUUCUCCUAACAGAGACUGUGUGUUGUCUGAGAGCAGAGUAGAGCAGGCAGGGGUGAGCUGUGGGAUAGGAACUGAGGACAGGGCCACACAAGAACAACACUGCAGUAGCAGCAAGUCAUAUAGGCUCUCCAGGUCCAGACAGAAAGCAUCGAGCAGAGAAGCAGGUAAACCUACUUCACCUGUCUUUCAAGGGAGUCAGCCACAGGUCAUUGCAACUGACGAUUAAAAAAUGGUAACAUUUUUAAAAUGGUAAAUGAAUAUAAAGCUGUACCAUGGUAAAUAAGUGUGUCUUUCUAAAAAAAAAAAAAAAUGGUGGGAGUUUUAGAUUAUAUUUGGCAUUGGUGUCAGUACUGUGGGACUGCAAACACACCGGGUUAAUUUGCAGAGAAGAUUUUAACACAAUCCUGUGAUUUCUUUUGAACUGUGUUGAAAUGAGUGUCAAGCACAUUUUCCAUAGCUUCAAAAUAUGAAGACUUGGUUGGACUGGUUUUAAUGAGUGGACCUCAAGUGGAACGGGGAGCUGAAGGAUUUCUUACACAGUUCAUUUCUCAUGGCUGAAAGGUUUUUGAUUUUUACACCAUUACAGGCCAGUAAAAAUUUUAAUUGCAUGUCCUUUGAAUAGGUGAAAAUUGUGUAUUUAGCCGGGAAGGCAUGUGAGGACAAUAAAUUACCACAGAAAUCUGUUUUGUUUUGUUUUUACCCCUAGACAAAAAACCAAUAAUGUACUGAAUACGAACAUGCUAUAAAAUGUUAAUUGUAUUCUCUUUAUGGUGUUGGAGGUUAUGGUGUAAAAGCCCUGAACAGUCUCUUUUUUUUCCUCAGCAGAUUCUUAACAUUUGAGGUAAAUGUGCAGAUUUCAACAAGUGCACAUGCGCACUCAGAUAAUUUGUGGUUUGGGCUUUAUAGUGGUGGAAAUCUGUGUACAGUAGCUUCACCUCUGCCCUGAGGUGAAUUGCUUUACAGUGCUUGUUCUCAGCACUGGAUGUUUUUUUUUUUCCCCCCUUUUAUUGUUUGUCUGGCAUUGGAUUUGAAUGGGCGUGGUAGGAGAGAGGAUAGAAGGCGGUUUCCCCUUGGUUUUAAUGGGAGUGAAAUGUUUUCAUUUUCAACCCAAGGAAUGUGCAUGACAAAAAAUAAAUACAUAAUUGUUUUCUACAAUUGACCUUUAUCUGAAAGCAGCUUAAGCUCAAUUACUAUAGAUUUUUACUCAUUUUGUUCUUAAUAUGAGCAUAAAUAGUGUUUCUCUUAAGCCCUUUUUUAAACCUAGAACAUUUGCCUUACCACAUUUUUUUUUUUUUUCUUAGCAAUAAAUCAUUGAGUCACGUUAGCAUUAUUAGAGCCCUUGUUCUGAGUCUAGAGUAUAAUUUUGUCUGGCAAACUCUUCAGUUCUGGCAGAGAUGUCUUGGUCAAAUUAAAUGCUCUUAGUCUGACAAGAAUUGUCUUGUUAGAUGGCUUUAUGCAGUGAUGUCGUUAAUGCGGGGGCUACAGAGGAACUGGGAGAAAAGCCUUUCAAUUAAAGCUCAUCCCUCUUCAUCUGUGUUGUGCCAAGUGAUUGUAAUUGCAUUGUGGGAAUGGCAGCUGUCCCAUUAGUAUCAAUGCAAUCUCGUGCAAGGGAGAAAUGUGGGAAUUGGCUGUUCAGGAUAUUCUAGUAAGCUGUCAGCACUGAUGCAAGAUAUAGCACAUGGCUACACACUGUCGCAGCCAGAGAAUAUAUCUAUCCCUGAAAUAUUUAAUUGCAUUAUAUUGAUUCUUCACUUGUCACGCUGAUUCCGAACUCAACAGAUGGAACUUUUGUUAACGGAAGUGCUGUACUGAAAAGAUGUCUUAUUAAAUGCUAUUAAAGCUUGGUCAGUUACUAA